UGUUCCGACCCGCCAGCUCCCGAAGCGGCUGAACCCGGCGCCCGCGCCCAGUGCCCAGCGCCCAGCGCCCCCAGCCCGUCCAGGCGGAGUCCGCCCGCGCUCCUCCCGCCGCGCUCCGGGCUCGGAGGUCCGGACUCCGGGUUCGCCGCUCCGGGGCCGGCUUCGCGCCCCGCACCUCGGCGCCCCACGCCCCCGCUGGCGGAGCGCACCAUGCCGCAGCUGGACUCCGGCGGGGGCGGCGCGGGCGGCGACGACCUCGGCGCGCCCGACGAGCUGCUGGCCUUCCAAGACGAAGGCGAGGAGCAGGACAAGAGCCGCGACAGCGCCGCGGGCCCCGAGCGCGACCUGGCCGAGCUCAAGUCGUCGCUGGUCAAUGAGUCCGAGGGCGCGGCGGGCGGCGCGGGGGUCCCGGGGACCGGCGCCGGCGGCGAGGCCGAGGUCGGGGCCGAGGCUCUCGGGCGGGAACACACUUCGCAGAGACUUUUCCCCGACAAACUUCCAGAAGCUCUGGAGGACGGCCUGAAGGCCCCGGAGUGCGCUAGCAGCAUGUACAAAGACACCGUCUACUCCGCCUUCAAUCUGCUCAUGCACUACCCGCCCCCGUCGGGAGCAGGGCAGCACCCCCAGCCGCAGCCCCCACUGCACAACAAGGCCAGUCAGCCUGCCCAUGGCGUCCCCCAACUCUCUCCUCUCUAUGAACAUUUCAGCAGUCCACACCCCACACCUGCACCGGCCGACAUCAACCAGAAGCAAGUUCACAGGCCUCUGCAGACCUCUGACCUCUCUGGCUUCUACUCUCUGACCUCAGGCAGCAUGGGACAGCUCCCCCACACUGUGAGCUGGUUCACCCACCCAUCCCUGAUGCUAGGUUCCAGCGUACCUGGUCACCCAGCAGCCAUUCCCCACCCGGCCAUUGUGCCCCCCUCAGGGAAGCAGGAACUACAGCCCUAUGAUCGAAGCCUGGGAAGAAGAAGAGGCGAUCCAGAGAAAAGCACCAAGAAUCCAACACAGAUAACUCUCUUCACUAUUCCUAGGAGGAAAAAGAAAUGCAUUCGGUACUUACCCGGAGAAGGCCGCUGCCCCAGCCCCUUUCCUUCCGAUGACAGUACUCUAGGCUGCUCCGGGUCCCCAGCCCCUCAGGACUCACCCUCAUACCUCCUGCUGCCUCACUUCCCUACUGCACUACUUGCUAGCCCUGCGGAACCGGCGCCUACAUCACCAGGUCUCUCUGCGGCACUCAGCCUCCCAGCUCCCUGGGCCCCCACAGGCCCCCAGCAGUGCCCUGCAGAGUACACAGGUACAGCAACAGGAAUUUCGGAGGCAGGCAGCCUAGCAUGCACAGGACACCUGGCCUCCUCCAGGGACCCACUCUUUGAGAAGCAGCAACAGAGCCCCAAAGCACGUGGAAACCGAUCAGGGGCCCUGUUAACUUCUUCUUAGGGUCCAAGUGCUGGAAAUUUCAGAGGCUGCACAACUUCUGCCUGAACCUGGGGCCAUCCAUUCAAACUGCUCCGAGUGGUGCAUCAGAUCUGUGUUGUCAUUUGAUUUAAGGGCAUCUCCUGUGCCGGUGGCAGCCUGCGUGUUUUUACCAUCUGUCUGGUUAGCCAGAUGCCCCUGCCUCCCUUCCUUUCCUGCUAUAGAUCAUAGAUGGACUAUCCUGAGUUCAGCUGCUUUCUCUACCCUGCCUCCUCACUCCCCCUGCACUGCCACACCCUCCCCAUAUCAGACACUUCAUGGACCAAGAAUGAGUUGGUUUAUCACACAUGUAAGCCUGGUCACAACCACAAAGCUCAAAAUGACAGUGCUUUUCUCUUGAAGGCCUGGCAAAGCCAUGUUUUACAAAAAACUAGCUACCAUUUUUAAACUGGGCCAGAGGAAUCCUGCCGAAUUCUCAGGAGCUUAUAAGUGGAUGGGAUGAACAAGUUAGUUUAAAUCUAUACCCUAGGCAACAGAAAAACCUGACACUACCUUAAUCUGGCUCUCUACUUCAAAUUACUUGGAAAUGAUUCCUGAGAAACUCAAUCGCCUAAGAAGCCCUGAUAUCAAAGCCCCAAGGCCUGUUACUAGUGGCUGUAGUCAAUAGUUCAAAGAAGUUAUGGCCCCAAAUCCAGUGUGUAUCCCUCCCCAUUCUGAGGGCCUUUGUUACGGAUCCAUUUCCAGCUUAUCCACCCCUUGGGCAAUGUUGAGGGCAAACCCAACCUUUUGUGACUGCCAGUAUCUUUCAGCAUGAAACCAGGCCAGCUUCAGAUUUCCUAUGGUUCUGUGGGAAUGAAGACUAUUACAACCAAAACAAUAAGUCCAGAAAACCUUUAGGGAUAGACACUGGGUUUUCACCACAGCCUAAUUUAACCCAUUUAUGAGCCAAGCUUCAACCCUGAGCCUUUAAAAAAAUCUUUUUAAUUUAACUUGUUUUUUUGCCUCCUCACCAUCCAUAGCCUGAAUCCAAAGAAAAAGGGCUGUCCCUGUACCCACAUACACCCUUCAACAAAUGCCUUUAAUACCUACUUUAGCCACUGGCUUCUCAGAUUCCAAAGAUCAUGUAUUCUAGUGUAGUGUUGCAGGAAGUUUUGAGGAAAAAGGACUAUUAUAGUAUUCAAAAUAUUUUUGUAUUGUUAAUGCAUCAUCAUAGAAAAACUUUAAACGUGAGAAUAAAGAUACUUUUUCCUGUUGUUUUUUCUGCCCCCCAAAGCUUGACCCUGAGGAAUAAGCUGUUUCAGAAACAGGAUGAUAAUUCUUUUCUUCACAGCCAUGAAACUUGGGGUUUCUUCUCUACUAUGGUACACAUGUUAAAGACUCAACCUAUAGAAGCCGGGGAUUACUCUCAUCUCCCCUUAAGGGGCUUGGGCCUGCCCGGCUCAUGCUGCGGCUCCCAUUCCAAGCCUUGCUCUGAACCCACCAACCCUCUGACCUAAAAACUGAUGCAGGCACAGGCCAGCCUGCCUCCCACCCCCAUAAGACUAUGUUGGAAACGGCUAUCCACAAACCCUAAGACAAUCCAACUAGAAAUAGAUGUACAGACCACUAGGCUCCAUUUUCUCUGAGAGUUGAGAUUAGACUAACCACUCCAUAAGUACAUAUCCUAUUACAAGGAAAAUAAGUCUUUUUAUGUACUGGUAUAAACUCAAAAAAAAAAAUUAAUAGAACACUUUCCUCCCAAAAACUGUAUUAAGGUGCUUGAGGUAUCUCCAUAUUUUUAUAUAAAACCUCUGAAAUUUGAUAAUUCUACAACCUUCUUUUUACACAGCAGCUUCCAUGUUAACUUUAAGACCCAUCACGAAUGUAAAAGGUGUCAAAGCCACCUCAAUAGGUCAGUCAACCAACCACUGGGCCACCAUCAUGCAUUGUAAUUUUCACUGAGUUAUAUUUUUUGGAUUUUGUGUGUCAGAGUAGUGUAUUUAAAGUAGGCCACUGGAAAUUGUAAUCUUGGAGUUGCUUUUUUCUGGAAGGGUGCUAGAGGAGACCAGCCAUUCUCUUGACAUCUGUCCCAUUUAAAGAAUUCCACUCUGGCUACUGGCCUAGAUGUUUCAAAAAACUACAUUCUAACCAAGGCUUAUGCAAGACUAGGUUGCUGCAUCUGAUUAGAUGUCUUAUUUAGAGUACGCUGGGUACAUGAACAAUGCACUCUUUGUGUAUGUGAGAGUAGAGGGGGGGGGCUUUGGCAACAUUGUUAAAAUCGAGCCAGCCUUUUUAAAAAACUGACAUCAAAGAGGAAAUUCAAACCCUCCUGGAUCACACACAUUCCUAUGAGGUCUCACGGUGACUUGAGAGUGUCCAAUUCAACUUCAAAUACCAUACCAGUUCCACCUUACUGCCAGCCAAGAACUAGCCUCGUUUUCUGAGACCUGAGACAAAAUAACCUAACACGUCCUGUACAUGUUCCCACACAACUGGCAUAUUUGCUUGAAAUACAGAUCUGGAGCCCUCUCCCGUUGCAGCUGCUCCCACUGUGCUCAGGAUAUUGUGAUGGCUUAGCAUGGCAAAACUAGCAGGGAUUUCCCAAUUUGAAGGUGUUUCUCACUUAUAGGAAGUCCCAGGGCUAGGAUCUUCUGAGCUGUUAACUAUCUUGAAUGGCCCAGAAGCAUAGCUAUUCAUUGUACAAUAAUCCUGGACAGGAAGGCCACACCUGGAGGGAAGAGAAAUAGUUCUUUACGUUGUUCCAAAAAAGGAAUUGAUUACUGUGUGCAUCAUUAGAAAAACAGCACAGAAGGAAUUUGUCAGGCCUAUAUAUCAAAGUAGAAGAUUUGAGACCAAAAAAUAAUUCGUAUCAUAAAAACACUGAAUUGGCUUUUGAGGUUGGAAAGGCUGUUUUAGCAUAAGUUUUUCUCAGGUCUUUUCAGAACUUCAAUAGUUCACCAUGGGUCCUUGAGACCAAACUGUCUAUGCAAGCAGAUCCUGGUUCUUGAGUCAACUCACCCGAUCCCAAUUAUUCCAAUCACUUUCUUUCUGAGAUCUCAAAUCACUACAGAACUCUUUAACUCAGGCUUCUGGGCUCUCCAAUGUCUGGAGCAGCUAAUAGAUUUUUAACUGGUCUUCUAUUUAAAGUAGGCCACUGGAAAUUGUAAUCCCAGACUUGCCCACAAUGGACAUGGUUGUCUGAGAGGGGCCCUAAUUUUAUGUAUCCAAAACAGCAGAGAGUUUUUAAAAAGAACAGACGGGGAUAUUCCCAUAGUCAGUUCUGUAGAAUAAAAGCCUAGCCCAGGUUAGGAGAAAUUUUGAAGUAGUUAAAGAUAGUAUGGGAUUGGGCAUAGAGGUAAUUGGAAAGGGCAAAUUCUAUCCUAGGGUUAGGAAUUAUCCUAUCCCUGGCUAUACGCAUGAGUUAGAUCACUAGCAAUAAAAGUAAGGAAUAUUUCAAUAGCCAUGAAUUAUAUGGGAGAUAAUUAGAAGUUCAGGCUAACACUUAUUUCAAGUUCACGAGAGGCUCUGGACCAUCAACCAGGGUUUAUGUUUUCAUUCAAGUGUUCUCUCAUUCCUUAAUCGGAAGUCUUCAGACAUGUUGUACAGUCAAUGUUAAGGGUGGGGGAAAGAAAUAUGGAGAUGGAGGAGUUAUGGUCUACUCACCACCACCCCCAAUGCCACUCUGGAAACCCCCUGAAUAUAAAUUUCUGAGAGGGUAGUGCUCUGUAUUCCUACCCCUCCUGUAAAUCAUACAGGAAUAACCUGUAAACCAUUUGAAGCAAAAAAAAAGUUGAGGUUGUGAAAUGGCAUGGUCAGCACAGAAAGGGCACAUGAAUUUGCACCAUACAGGUGGGAAGUAUUAAAAGUGAAAAAACUUUUAUGAAAUAGGCUGAUCCUCAGAGUGAAAGAAGAGGCUGGUAUAUAGCAGGUUAGGGUGCUCAUUAAAUACUUCCUGAAAAUAUCAAGUUCAGUGGUACCAGAAGGUCAUGAGAACAAGAGAAAUGGAAGCAUGUAUUGUGAGCAACUAACUAUACUUCAUCCACAAAAUGCCUCUCACAUAGAACAGCUUUAUCCAAAAGUGCAAAAUUUUGCAAGCUAGCAGUUAGCCAUGAAUUAAACUAUCACACAAAGUCCCACAUUGGAAAUCUGUCAAAUAAAGAGCACUUUUAUACCACCACCAAUGCUCAUAACUACUGACAACUCAACAGGAAGGACUAAGUGUCCAAAUCCUGUUUAGGUGUCCAAAUGACUCAAUCUUGGACCAAGGAUGUUCUAAACUACUUCUUACAUCAUUCUUUGUCUUGAUAUAUACAUUGAGCUCUUAGUCAUUCUUCCUUCUUUUUAAAGAUACAGUGAUUUUAAAAAUAUAUUUUUUAUUGAUUUCAGAGAGGAAGGGAGAAGAGAAAGAGAAACAUCAAUGAUGAGAGAAUCACUGAUCGGCUACCUCCUGCACACCCCACACUGGGGAUCGAGCCCACAACCUGGGCAUGUGCCCUACCGGGAAUCAAAUGUGACCUCCUGGUUCAUAAGUCGAUGCUCCACCACCGAGCCAUGCCGGCUGGGCUAAAAUAUAGUGAUUUUUGAAAACAGUAAAAUAAGGAGUCUAGUUGUAAAAACCCUAAAUAUUCAGAACACUUUAGUCCAGCAAUUAAAAAAGAAGUUUUAGUUCUAACAUUCAAAAAUAGCAAUGUUGCCAGAACCGGUUUGGCUCAGUGGAUAGAGCAUCGGCCUGCGGACUGAAAGGUCCCAGGUUCAAUUCUGGUCAAGGGCAUGUACCUGGGUUGCGGACACAUCCCCAGUAGGGGAUGUGCAGGAGGCAGCUGAUCGAUGUUUCUCUCUCAUCGAUGUUUCUAACUAUAUCUCUCCCUUCCUCUCUGUGAAAAAUCAAUAAAAUAUAUUUUUUAAAAAUAGCAAUGUCCAACAUGAGUCUGAUAAACACUCUUCCUAGUGUCACAAAAAUCCUGUCACCGAUCUGGCUUUAAUGUUUCUUUCCAGCCAAUAAUCGCCAGCAGACCUACUAACACCCAACCUCUACUGCCAGUUCCAGACUGAGCACUGCUUUUCCUCCCUCACCUUGGCAUCCCUCCACCCCCAACCAAAACCAGCUUCACUUUUGAAACUAAAUAAAUUUUCCUCAUGAAACAUCUCCUAGACCCUUCCAAUCCCCUAGCCCCACUUUUACUAAUCAAUCUUCUGUACAGGAACGUUUUUAUUACAGUUACCCAUUCUCUCCCAGCAGUAUUUAUGCUUUACCACCUUAACUAUAUUCCAAAAGCUCCCAAGAAGGCAACCAUGUCUCACCCUUCCUACAAAGGAUAAGCCAGGAGCUACACUUUAGGUAUUCAACCAUUUCAUAUGCUUUGCUUUUACUUGCAUUAUUCUCCCUUAUUCUCCCCCUUCCUAGCUGGAAAUCAGUUUUCACAUAAAUCUAAAUAAUCGAAGAUUAUCAACUUUUUAAAGCUCAAGCAACUUAGUAGGGAAAACAUUUGAGUCCUCCCCACUUGAAUGUAUACUGAGCUUCAGAAAAAUAAAAAUAAAAAAGACCUUCAAAUGGAAGUGGUUGCAAACAAAAGUUAAGCGCCGAAAGAUGAGUGAGAUUCUGAUGUUCAUGGAUUCGGUAAAGGGUGCUCAGAGCAUGAAGUCUGUUUUUCUCUCAGUUCUCUUUCCUGGUGAAAGCCCCUGUUCAAACUGCCCUAUUAAGAGCCUAGACAACCUACCAAUAAUUUUUUUAAUUUACCCUUGGACCAGAAAACAAAUUACAGGAUUGGGCAAUUUUUAAGUAAAUUAAGAAAUCGUGAGUUUUGGAAUAUCUGCCCACCCUAAGUCACAUGCCUAUAGUGACUCACUGUUACCUUCUCCAGCUAGUUCCAAGCUAAGCUCAGCACAGUCCUAGCAGUCCACCAAAUUAUAAUAUAGGUCUUGCUUAGUUCCAGCAGCUGGUGUGUUCAAACAGUUGUAGAAUAAACAAAUCACAACUAUAAUGUCACUCAAGCAUCUGUAACUUAAAGGGAUGUCUUUGUGAAUCUUUGGAAAAAUAUAAAAAUUGUAAAGCAAUACCUACCUUUGUGUGUUGCUAAAGGUAGAUUUAUGAAGGCAAGCUAAAUAAACUAUGGGCAUAAUACAGGAUAUUGCAAGUUCGGUUUCAGAACACCACAAUAAAUGAGUAUUGCAAUAAAGCAAACCGUAAUCCUUUUGUUA